GUCACAUGAACGCUACAGAACUUCUCACAUGAGCACAAUAGAAGAUCUCUCUCUCUCUCUCUCUGAUCCAUCUCAUCUUUCUUUGAGACAUCAGCUGAAACUAUGCUCGGAAGCAGACUGAGAAUUGCUCUAAGCAAAACCCUUUUCAGUAACAGCGGCUUAAUCAAUCAGAAAGCAAUUAGCAGAUUCUCCACUGACACAGGAAGGAAGCUAGAAGGCAAGGUGGCACUGAUCACAGGAGCAGCCAGUGGCAUAGGCAAGGCGACUGCAGCUAAGUUUGUCACUCAUGGCGCCAAAGUUGUGAUUGCGGAUAUCCAGCACCAGCUAGGCCAAGAAACGGCUGAAGAGCUUGGACCUGAUGCCGUCUUCAUCCCAUGUGACGUGACUAAAGAAUCAGACAUCUCAAAUGCCGUCGAUUUUGCUGUUUCCCGAUUCAAUCAACUCGACAUCAUGUACAACAAUGCCGGGGUCGCCUGCGGCACUCCACCGAGCAUCGCUGACCUCAAUCUUGAUGUGUUUGAUCGGGUCAUGGGCAUCAAUGUACGAGGAGUUGUUGCCGGAAUAAAGCAUGGGGCACGAGUGAUGAUCCCGCGCAGGACUGGCUCGAUGAUCUGUACUGCCAGCAUCACGGGAUUAGUUGGAGGAACUGCACAGCAUACAUACUCUAUCUCGAAGUGCACCAUUAUAGGGAUGGUGAGGUCCGUUGCGGCUGAGUUAUGCAGGUAUGGCAUCAGAGUCAACAGCAUAUCGCCUUUCGCCAUACCAACCCCAUUUGUGAUGGACGAGAUGAGGCAAAUCUAUCGUGGUGUCGAAGAUUCACGAAUCGAGAAGAUUAUACAUGAUGCUGGUGUUUUGAUGGGGGAUAAUUGUGAACCUAGUGACAUUGCCAACGCUGCACUCUACCUCGCAUCAGAUGAUGCAAAGUAUGUUAAUGGGCAUAAUCUGGUGGUGGAUGGAGGCUUCACGGUGAUGAAGAGUCUAACGUUGCCUGCACCGGACCAGGUGCACUGAGAGUGUGUUUACUUGCUUAAACCAUACCAAGUCAGAGCCAAAGAAUUCUCGACAAGAGUCGUACAGAAUUCUUCUUGCUGGUUUUUCCCCAGUUAUUUAGGGAGCAUUGAGUAGGGAUUGCACAGAUGAUUUCCUCAUAAGCUUGUUUUAAUCAGACUUCUUCGAGAGCUAUUUAAGUGA